AUGCCAGAAAUUGAUAAUUCUAUCAACUAUUCUGAUAAGGAGAAAGUUCUGCCUCAAAGGGACGAAUUUGAAGUUGAAAAUGCCUCAAUUGUGCCCGUUUUGUCCAAAGGUUAUACAGAAGAUGGUUGGGGUAUCAUUUAUAAUAUGAAUAGUACUAAUUGGAACCUUAAAAUAUUUGUUUCAGUUCGAGCUAGAAGUGAAUGGAGCUCAUAUUUGAAUUUAGUGAAGUGCUCUCAUGCUAUUAAUGAGAGACGAAGACGUGGGUUUGGUAUACCAUUGUUAACAACAUCUCAGCCUUAUUUUUCUUUUCAUACAUUCUUCACUGUUUACAAAACUUUCAUCGACGAAGACUAUUUCCUUAAGAGAGGAUUUAAAGAAAGAACAGACCAGUUUCAGUAUUGUCAAGUUUCAAGAUAUUAUCAUUGGGGAUAUACAUCCUAUGUCCUUAAAUUCACUCCUGACCCUGAUGAUAGCUCUAAAGAUUUUGAAGUCACCAUGUUUAAACAUUUUAUUUUACCUAUCACUGAUUUUGAAUAUCGUGGAGAAAUUUAUAGAUGGGUAGAGAAUAAAAGUAUCCUUCCUCGUGGAUAUUAUUAUAAUCUUUAUAAGUUAGAAAAUGGAAGACCUUCAUUGGCUCAACAUUGGAAUAAAGAAAAGCACACAAUAAAUAUUUCUGAAAAUAAAGGUAAUCCAUUGAUUGGUGGGUAUAUCUGGAAAUUUUUUAAUAUAGCAAACAGAUAUUGUCUAUCAGAGUAUAUCUCUCAAAACCAUAUAGCCACAUUGAGUGAUGCUUACAUUCUUAACAGAGAAAAUGCUGUCCUCACAAUUAAUUCGACUCAUUCUAACAUCGAUAGAGAUAGUAUCCAUUCAGUUGAUUUGGAUAAUACAGUUUUUAUUUGUGCGGGGCUCGUCAUCAAGAAAAUAGAAGAGGCUAUUGGAACCGAUAGAAAACGGCAAGAAGCGAAAAGGGUUCAAGCUAGCCGAAAUUAG